UAGUUUAUGUUUGACCCCAAGCAUCACAAUGGAUUAAGUAGUGCAAAUUCAACUGCUCUCUCAGCCACUUUCUCCAAUCCGUCAUCAGAGAAUCCAAGAAAUCCCAACCGAUCAACGUCUUGUUGCAACGCGAUUCCUGAAAUGCUCGCCAAGGUGACCGCUCCUGCAUUUGGCUUCCCCAGAUAAGAAAAAACCAUGCAAAGACAAUGCUAGCCAGGAUCAUCUUCUGCGUGGUGAUCGCCGCGGCCAUCCUCGCCGUCGUCCUCCUCGCCACCGUAUCCCCACUCCCGCGGCGGUCUGGCGGCCACAAGGGCGCUCCAGGUCUGCGCACCUUCACGGUGUACAUCCAUCCGACGGCAUCGACAACCGCGCAGCAGCAGCAGCAACUGCGAGGAGCCGUGCACCGAGGAGAAGCGAGCGCGCUGGUGUUCCACCACCGUAUGACGGCGGGGCCGGAGAGCACGUCGAGGACGGUAGGUGCGGCCUCGGGGUUUCUGCUCCCGACCGGCGAGGGGUACGCGGCGACGUCGGUGUUCGACAUCGUGCACCUGGCGUUCGAUGGCGCCGCGGGGAUGUCCGGCGGCCUCUGCGUCGAGGCGAGCAACGAGAAGGCGCCGGGGCCAGGGCGAAGCGGGCGCGGGCGCGACGGGGAGGAGGAGCUGCUAGUGGUGGCCGGCACGGGCGACUUCGCGUUCGUGCACGGGCACGCCGUCGUCCUGCGGGGCCAGCGUCUGGGCCGGGGCGCCGCGGCGAUGGCAACAGCGCUGCAACUUGAGCUGGGCGUCGCGUCUGCUGGGACUUAG